AUGCCUCCUGCACAGGUUCUGCUUUUUUCUAAAUAUCCAGAACAGGAGACUCAGACUGCCUCUCAAGCUGCUGAAAGGAUGGAAACUUUAAUACAAGAUUUGAAAGAAAAACAUCACCAGAAGCAUAAACGAUCAUUGUUUCCAAGUGAUCUGUUCUCUGCUGAUCUUCUCACCAUGAUUGCCAAUGUCUCUGGAUGCCUGCCAUACAUGCUGCCACCAAAAUGUCCAAACAACUGUAUGACCAAAAAAUAUAGACACAUCACUGGGGUUUGCAACAACAGGGAGCAUCCUAGGUGGGGAGCUUCCAAUACAGCCCUAGCUAGAUGGCUUCCUCCAGUUUAUGAAGAUGGAAUAACUCAGCCAAAAGGAUGGAAUCCUGGUUUCUUACAUAAUGGAUUUCUAUUGCCAUUGGUGCGUGAAGUGACAAGAAACAUUAUUGAGUCAUCUAAUGAGGCUGUUACUGAUGAUAAGCUACAUUCUGAUAUUUUGGUUGUAUGGGGACAAUACAUAGCUCAUGAUCUUGCAUUUACACCCCAGAGUGUCAACCGACCUUCCUUUCUGGGAGAAAUAGACUGCCAACUGACAUGUGAAAACCAAAAUCCAUGUUUUCCAAUACAGGUUUUUGCCAAUGAUACGUUUUCCUUGAACAUGGAGUGCAUGCCUUUUUACCGUUCAGCUCCUGCAUGUGCCACUGGAAACCAGGCUGUUCUCCUAGGAAACCAACCAGCCCUAUACCCAAGGCAACAGAUUAAUAGCCUAACUUCCUUCCUCGAUGCUUCCACAGUUUAUGGUAGCACACCAGCAGCGGAGAACAAACUGAGGAAUAUGACAAGUGAAGAAGGUCUUCUGAGAAUAAAUGUACAAUACUUUGACAAUGGCCGGGAAUACCUUCCCUUUGUGGCUCAAGUCCCUUCACCUUGUGCUCAAGAUCCUAAAGCAGACAAAGAAGAAAGGAUUGAAUGCUUUAUGGCUGGGGACAGUAGAUCUAGUGAAGUGAUUUCCUUGGCUGCUAUACAUACACUGUGGUUGAGAGAGCACAAUCGCCUGGCAAAAGCCCUGAAGAAGCUAAAUCCUCAAUGGAGUUCUGAAACAAUUUAUCAAGAAGCUCACAAGAUUGUUGGUGCUUUGCAUCAGAUUAUUACCAUAAGAGACUACAUCCCAAAAAUCAUUGGCACAAAUGCUUUCAACAAAUUCAUUGGCCCUUAUAAAGGCUACAAUCACACAAUGGAUCCCACAGUAGCCAAUGUGUUCUCUACAGCAGCUUUUCGCUUUGCUCAUGCUGCAAUUCAUCCAACAAUAAAGAGACUCAAUGCACAGUAUCAAAGUGACCCCAGUCUUCCUAAUCUUCAGCUGCAUGAAGCUUUCUUUACUCCCUGGAGACUCAUUAAAGAAGGUGGUUUGGAUCCCGUGGUAAGGGGAACUCUGGCAAUUGCUGCAAAACUACAGGUACAAGAUCAGCUGCUGAAUGAGGAGUUAACAAAGAAGCUCUUCGUAUUGUCUAAUAAUGGCUCACUGGAUUUAGCAUCAUUAGAUUUACAACGGGGACGUGAUCAUGGGCUUCCAGGUUACAAUGAUUGGCGAGAAUUCUGUGACUUGCCAAGAUUAAGGACAGAAGCUGACCUGACAACAGCAAUAGCAAACAGGAUGGUUGUCAAAAAAAUCUUGGAAUUCUACGGCAAUCCUGACAACAUUGAUGUCUGGCUGGGGGGUAUUGUAGAAAACAUGUUACCAGAUGCCAGGAUGGGUCCAUUGUUUGCUUGUAUAACUGGAAAACAAAUGAAAGCACUGAGAGAUGGUGACCGAUUUUGGUGGGAAAAUGUUAAUGUUUUCACAGAAGCUCAAAGACAUGAACUCAACAAAUAUUCUUUAUCAAGAUUAAUCUGUGAUAACACAGGCCUCACUGAAGCACCUCUUGAUGCUUUCAUACUUGGAAAGUUUCCUAAAGAUUUUGAGUCGUGUGCAAAUAUACCCAGCAUUAAUUUAGAAGCUUGGCAAGAGCCUUUUCAGACAGAGUUGACUUGUGGUUUCCCAACAAGAGUGGACGAUGGUGACUUUGUCCAUUGCUCAGAGGCAGGAAAAUCCAUGGUUACCUAUUUUUGCCAUCAAGGAUAUAAGCUACAAGGAGAAGAACAAUUGUCCUGUACAAAUGGCAGAUGGAAUUCACAGCCACCAGCCUGCGAAGACCUCAACGAAUGUGAGAACAAGUCCGAUCCCCCAUGCCACUCCUCUGCCAAAUGUGUGAACACCAAAGGCAGUUUCCAGUGUUUUUGUACAGAACCCUAUGAACUGGCAGAAGAUGGGAAAACAUGUAUAGAUUCUGGAAGGCUGUCCAAGGCAUCUAUAGUCUCCAUCAUUUUAGGCAUUGUGAUAUUCAGUUGUUUGGCACUGUCAAGCUGCCUUGUGAUUUGCCGGUGGUCCUACUGUGCUAGAGGCUCAAUUAAUUCAUCCAUGUUGAAAGAUGGAAAAAAUCAUGCAGAAGGGGGAGACUGCCAUGAAAUGAACACGUCACCAGCAAAUAUACUAGUUAAACCAGUUGAUAAGGAUCGUCCCAGUAUUCCCUGCGUCCUACUUUGCAUGUGAAUUACUGCAAAACAUUUCAGAAGAUAACAUCAGGCUGUGCUUCAAAACAGGACGCAAAAAG